GCCGCGGCGGGAAGGUGGCGGCUCGGGCGAAUGCGCGUGACAUCGCGUUAUCAGUGUGAGAUUAGAUAGCGCCGCGAGCGCGCGCCCGCUGCCGACUCCGCCACCGAGCCAUGAGGAGCAAGGACCGCCUCGACGAGCUGCGCCACUUGGCGCAGCAGGCGGGCACCCCCCACGACGCCGUGCUGCCGGAGCCGCAAGCUGCGCACAAGGAGUUCGAAGAGCUGCUGCGAGAGGUGGAGCCACUGCACGCCUGGAUCCGCGAGCUGGAGCGCAACACGCAGCUGGUGCGGCGCCUGCACGCCGACCCCGCCUACUCCGCCAGCCGCCAGUUGCAGGAGCAGUUGGACGCGCUGGUGACGGCGUCGCACGCGCUGGGCCUCAAGGCGUGCGGCGCGCUGCGCCAGCUGCAGGCGCGCGCGGCGGCCGGGGGCGGGGCGGGCGCGGCGGCGCGCGCGGCGCGGCUGCAGGCGGGCGCGGCGCGCCGGCUGCUGGACGGCGCGCUGGCGCGGCACCAGCAGGCGCUGCUCGCCCUGCAGCAGCAGCAGCGCCGCCUGCUGCACGAGCAGGUCAAGCUCAUGAAUCUCACAAUAUCUGAAGAGGAGCGCGAGCACCUUCUGGAGUCCAACAACAUCGCCUUAUUUGUCGAUAACCUGCGCGCGGAGACGGCGGGGGCGCGGCUGGCGCUGCGCGAGGCGGAGGCGCGGCGCGACGAGCUGGCGCGCGUGGAGCGCUCGCUGCGGGACGUGCGCGACCUGUUCCUGCAGCUGGCGCACCUGCUGGCCGCGCAGCAGGAGCAGGUGGACAGCGUGGAGUACUACGCGCUGCAGGCCUCCGAGCACGUGGAGUGCGGCGGCCAGGAGCUGCUGAAGGGCACCGUCAGCCGGCGGAAAACAAGAAAGAAAAAGCUGGGCCUCAUUAUAUGUCUCGCUUCCGGGUUCCUUGUGGUCGUGUUUGUCCUCAUACUGAGUUGAAACUUACAAAAUACAUUUUAUUUAGCUAUUAAUGAAACUAGUUACAUCUGGACAAGCCGCUGCCCGCUGCUGCGCAACUUAUGAGGGAGAGCAGACUAAGUCGAGGAGAGCAGCUUGUUUACAUUAUUUAUUAGUUAUAUUAUGGCGAUUCAUGUAGAUUAGGUUACGAUCGGGCUGACGUGCAGCGAAAUCUCUCAAAAGUAAGAAAAAAAAGGCCUUGCUCGUAACUUUGUUAUCGGGUCGUGAUACAUGCGGAUUGGUGUACGUACAUGGGUGUACGUGCCAUGGAAAAGGGUUGUUAGCUUGCCAUCCCGUCACGGUCUAACUAUGUCUAUUAUGCAUAGAUCCUGUUGUCACCUCAGAGCUAAUUCAAGGGUCAUUCUUUAGCUACCAAAGAUUGUCAGCGGCAACUUACUGCAACGAGACUGUAAUAGUUUGUUGCGUUUAUUUUACUCAACGACUUCAAACGCACGCAAUGUCUUCGUAUGUUGCCCGUGGCACUACCGGCAGUAACAUGAACUAAGUAUAAUACUUCCGCAUGCCUCCCGACGGGUCUACAGUAAAACGGGAAGUUCGUUGCUCUAUUGCAAUAAAUAUUGAAUGAUUGUGAACAUGAGGUCAGACGCACUCGUUCCCUUUAACUAUCUCGCGCUGUGCUGACUCAGCAUACAAGUCUACGCACAGCAAAACGAGCAGUGAGCUCAACCUCAUAUUGCAAUACUUUUCGUUUACAAAAAACAUUCGUUCUCUAAUACUGCUUAAUACAUUGUACAACCUAGUCAUAUUACUCAUAAGUAUUUAAAUAAAUAAAUGUUUUUUUAUGUCUAAAA